GGACAUGGGACAGACACCCGUUAACCCGAAGGCCAACAGAGACGUGCACCUACCAUCCUGUACCGAUAUCAGUCAAGCGCCACUGACAAGCGCGGCACCCAGCGUGGACAACGCUCUGCCAUCGCCGAAUGCCGUCUCGGCCUUCGAUAAAGCCCGGUGUUCCAAGCUGGGAACGCAGCGGGUGUCGUCGCCGUCCACCGUCCGAGAGUCGUACCAGACGCCGCAGAAAGGAUUUGUUCGCUUUGGGGGCACCACACUGCGAGAGUUCAUCCCGCUCACCUCCAUCACCGAGAAGGUAUCGCGCUUCCCCGUCUUCUACGGCAGCUUCGGUGCCCUAGCGGCGUUGACCAUCGUCGCCCUGGCCGUCAUGUUCUGGUCCCCAGAUCCCAAACGUCACCCGCAGGGCGACUGUGGCAGCGACGAGUGUCGCGAUGCCUACGGCUACCUGGACUCGCUGCUCGACCCGGCCAUCGACCCGUGCACCGACUUCUACCGGCACGUCUGUCGCCGGUGGCACAUCGGCAACAUCGACGGGGCCACCCUGACCAAGGUGGCUGCUCGGGGAGUGAUCGAUGAACUCUACGCGACGCUCCUUCGGAAAGGCGUUGAGCCAACUGGCGAAAGUGGCGAUGCGUCAGCCCGCGCUGAGGCUCUUAUGGUGCGCUUCCAUGCCGCGUGUGGCAGCUUCGUCGUAGCCUGGACGCACAAGGAUGCCGCGCAGCGGCUCGUCCGCGAGUACCGAAGCGAAAGCGACGUUCUCCAGCUCCGCAGUACAGCGGAUGCCCUGAGGCGAAUCGUCCAGCUCUCCCUUGAGCGCGGGAUCUCUACGCUGUUCAAGGUCAGGCUGAUCAGGCUCAGCGAUAGCGAAGUCGCCCUGUACGUCUCCCGAGGCCAGACGCUGGCCGAGAAACUAGAGGAUCCUGGACACAGUUCGGCGCUGGUGGAAUUCUUCAAGGAAGCGCUCGAAGAAGCGAGUAAGAUCCAGGGAGCCGGAAUACGCAAGUCUGAAAUCAACGCAACAGUUUCGGAGCUGCUCAGGUACGACAAAAAAGCAGCGCUUAGGGGAGCGGUCUUGCCGACAGCGGAAACGGUCAACGCGUCGUACUUCGCCAUAAUUUUGGACGAAGUGGAGCCUCAGCUUUGGGUGCAGUUCGUCAACUCUAUGGUGACCGGCGAUACUACAAUCAACGAACAAACGCCGGUGAUGUGCCAAGAACUGAGCCACGUCAAAGCAGCCGUCGAGUUGCUCGCAAAGAACCGCAGAAUCGGACUGAUCUACAUUUUCUUUCACAUCGCGAUGGAGGUAGGCCGAUUCUACUACAGAAACAAAUUCCUGUACGAUGAGCCCAAAGAAGCCGAGGUGAUAUGCAUGGCCGCCAGCCAAGACGUCAUGAUCCACGGCUGGCUCAGCGUGUUCCUGAACAUGACGCAAGCCUUGCUGCCGGCGAAGUCGCGCGCGUGGCCCAUAUUUGACAGCGUCCGGAGCAUGUCGUCGGAGCACCUACUGGAUGCCGGCCUGGACGAAGCAGACAAGGAGGGCGUCCUAACAGCCCUACAUGACGUCACGCUGAUCGCGCAGUAUGGCUACUCAUCUUCGUUCCCAACGUCGAUGGCCAACGCUUCCGUGCCAAGUAGCGUCCAGUAUAACACCGACUUUGCCAACUUCUACACGUCCCUGAAGGCACUGGAAGCGACGAGGCGUCUGCAGGACCCGCCGUCUCUCGAAGAGGUGCUCAUCGGCGAAUCCCUUUUCGCCCACAAGGCGACCUACUCUCGCUUGCUGAAGGCCGUCCUGCUCCCUCCGGCGAUGCAGCGACCACCGCUGUUGUACUCGACCAAGGUGCCGCUCGAGUUUGACAUGGGCACAGUCGGCGUGCUCCUCUCCAAGGCGGUAUUCGAAGCCGGCCUGCCUUCCGCCAGGAUCGGCGCGUCUUGGUACAACCUGAACGUGAAGGAGUUCGUCGAAUGUGUCCAGCGUUCCGCGAGCUCGGCCUCUCUCAUGAACGCGGCCAACCUGACCGUCCGACAGGGUCUGGAACUGUUCGCCUGGGCCCGCGCCGUCCGGAUCGCGCAUGACACCAUGAAGAACAGGUACUCGGGAACCUUACCGGAACUGCGCUAUGCGGACAUCUGGGCGAACGCGCAGCGCACGUUCUUUCGCCGGUUCUGCCUCCUCACGUGCAGCGCCGAGGACGCGGGUCAGGAGUCUCGGCUUCACUGCCUCGUGCCGCUUCUCAACAUGGUCGAGUUCACCAGCGCUUUUCAGUGCCCCAGCUCUGUGACGCAGAACCUGCUACAGUGUUUUCUUUUCCUGGGCGUAGCGUAAGGAGCAGCCGAAUGUGACGGCAUUGUGAUCGCGCUUCUUUGUCUACGAGGACAACUACAACGUCAAGCCAUUGAAAAAGAAAGACGAUCAGGGCAUUCUCGAAGCCGCAGAUCGGGAAUUCCAGACUAAGUAUGUGGACUAUAAAUGGGAGUAAUGUUUUACGAUAAAACAUUGAGGCAAAUGUCUCCAGUGCGAUACCUACACAGAACGCUUCUUUAGCGCUUUAUCUCAAAGGCACAGAGGCUUUGGCGACUGUUAAGUGGAUUGUGCUCUAUAUUUAUUUUUCUCGUGUAUAAUAUCCUGUAACUGCUGUUUAUUAGUGAAUUUGGGUUCAUUGUUUUCUACGUUAUUACGAACAGCCAUUUCUAUUCGCGCGAGAAUGUUUUUUGCCUAUUUUGCCGUUUAGGCGACAGCUUUCAUUGACAGUGUUUUAGGCGCUGUUAUUAGAGUGUUUAUUAGCCCACUGAGCUAAUUUCUGUGUCCAGCGCUAUGCAGAUAACAUAGUGCGCUCCACUGUACUCGCACGACUUUAAAACGUUGAUAUGCUUGGCGCGAUUGGAAGAUAAAGUGCAUGCUCGGGCCUUAUGUAUACUUAACUCAUUUUUAUAAAACAGCCAGACUUUGAUUGUUUUCUGACCAAUACAGCAUUUCCAUAAUUUAUAAACAUCAAAUACAAGCCCUGAAGCUUUCUCAUUCCACUGUGUCUUCUUUUAGUAAAAGAAUGAGGUUAGCAAGGCGCACUAUAAUAUCCAAGAAGUGAACACGCCUGGCAUAUUUUUUUUUUAAUUUGUUAGAACCCUGGAACUACUUAUGCAUGGACAAUUGCAAAGCAUUCAACUGCAAAAGCUCAGGUAGAUGCGUGCUCGUACUACAGUGGACAAAAUCCUGCCUAGCCACUGAAGCGCUUCUGUCUGACCGCAGAUCAACGUUCCCUCAAGUAUCGUCGCAAGCUCGAAUGCGAUGAAACUAUUGUAGUGCAUUUUGUGCCUCUUUAGACUAUA